AUGUCGACACGCGACAAGGCCCUCUUCAAGAUUCCUGAUUUGCUAAAGAAGAGAACUAAAGCCCAACCUGAGCCCGAGUCCGCCAUGGACGAGUCUUCAGGCCGUGGCCAUCGGGAGAAAAAACCAAGCGAAAAGCUCAAGGAACAGGUCUCGGCCAAGAUUGACCGCAUCGAAGACGCGAGACCUGUCGCCCUUCCCACUUACAUUGCGCCCAAUGACCCCAAAUUUCUUCAGGACCAGAAGGAGAUCCAAAAGUUCUUUGAUCACUCGAAAGUAGCCCCGAACGGCGACAAAACCGACUUCUACACCCUCGGAACACACGUCGAGAGCAAGGAGAAACGCUACUAUAUUCGUGCGAAAAGAGAUCCUUCCACCUUUUAUUUCCACGCCGACGAGCCUCCUCCACGCUACGCUCGCCUCAGCGACGAAAAUCAUCCCCAAUGUGGCGUCGAGAAUCUCAAGAAUGUCUUUACCAAGGACAUGUUGGGCAAAAGUGGGGAGUUUGGUAGCUACACUACAAGGGCCAAUGUCUUUGCCCGCGAAGGACAGUUUUUCUUCGAAGCCAAGGUCAUCAGCAUCGCCCCGCCCGGUCGAGAAGCCCCGGAUCGCGCUUUGGCAGAGACUCAGAAUGCUGACAGGACGUCAACAAACCGAGGCGGUCUGAGGGUGGGCUUCUGUAGACGUGAACAUCAUUGGAGCGAGAACCUGGGAGGCAACGCCUACUCAUAUGCCGUCAUCCUGAGGAGCGGGAGGUCAAAAGAGUAUGGCAGUGUGCGGUUCAAUACCAUGAUGUACCACAUGAAGGGCGAAGGUGCGCAAGAUCCCGACGACUUAUCCCCUGGGGAUGUUGUAGGGCUCAUGAUCACGCUGCCAUCACUGGAGGUACACAAAAAGGUGGUCGAGGGCACUUACAUCCCGGCUGAAUACCCCGAUCUCAAAUGUGGUCCAGCUGUUAUAAAGAAGAAGGGAGGCGCCGGCAAGAAAUCUGUCAAGGGCGGAUCGAAGCCCAAGGAGGGCGACGUGGUUAAGAGCAAAGAGGAUCCGGUCAAGAAACCACACCAUGCUCGAGAUGCCAUCCGCUCCGCCGUGACUCCCAUACUGGGAUGCACUGCGCCCUCCGAUCACGACAUCAUCCGCGACCGCAAUCCGUUCCUCCACAAAGGCCUGACUUACUUCGAAUGUCCAGAGUACACGCCCAACUACGAUCUCAGCCGGCCCACGCUGAAUACGAAAAACAAGUCCGUCAACCCCGAAACUGGCAAGAAGUACGACCUCCUGACCGAGCCUCAUCCUAACCAUGACCUCCCGCACCUGCGCACCCUACCUGGCAGCAAGAUUGAACUCUGGGUGAAUGGUAAAUAUCGAGGGGUGGUCUGGGAACAUCUAUUUGCAUUCCUGCCGCCUGCUUCUUACAUUGAGAAGGGCUCCAGGGCCGUCACCGGAGGGCAUGGCGACGUAGACGACGGCUUGCUCGGUUAUUACCCCGCGAUCAGCCACUACACCGGCGGAGCGAUCGAGUGCAAAUUUGAUGGACCCUGGUGGUAUGGGUACGACAAGGACGGCCCUGCACACCCAAUGCCCGCCCGAUUGGUGAGCGGUAUCAAGAACAAAUCGUUGAGGACAUGGUUAACGACCUCGUGGACGAGAUCUACCAGGAGAAGCUCUACGGAGACCGCGAUUGGAUGA